UUCUCUCUCCCUUGCGUACCUAUAGGCUAUACGCAUCAGCGGUAGCGUAAGGUAUAGAUAUACUUGCAUAUACAGUAGAUAGGUAUAUUAGUGUAGUGUAGUGACGGCGCUGCUGCCGCUGCGCGAGUUAAGCAUAUACAGUCCGACGUAGUGUGUAGAGGAGUACAGUCGGCUACUGCAGCAGAAGAAUACAGCGGGGGAAAAAAAGAGGAGAAGAAGACAGGAGAAUGGCGACGGCGGGACAGAGUAGACGACGUCGUCGCUAGAAUUUUUCCGGUGUAGACUUUUUUCUCCGCUCACCAGUGUGUUUGUGCAUACAGUGUACCUGUUGUUCCGAGGCGGAGCUGCAGUUAAUGCGAGAGAGAAAAAUUCGAAAGCCUAGCGCCGCCGCGGGAGUCUUAUCGCCACGCGCAUUUUCGUCACACACACACACACACACACCGAUAGAGAGUACCUGAUACACCUAUAUAGUGCUCCUAUAGAAGGAGAGUGGGAAAGAGAUGGAGAUUGUUGUGCUGCCUGCGAGGAGAUAAUCCGAUCCCGUCGACGUCGUCGUCGUCGUCGUCGAGCGGAUAGUUUUCAAUUCGGAGUUGAGCAUUAAACGCAUAAAUAGCUGCUCCGUUCUUUAGACAGCUUGUGUGUACCAGUGGAAGUGGGCAAAGAUUUUCGAAGCCGUGUACCGAGUGCAUGGAAAUCGACUGGACUGAACACCCGCGGAUUACUUGCUGGUCCUGAGUGAAUCGAGACUGGGAGUGAAGUACUCCUGACCUCUGGUACUGAGCAGGCUAACUUUUGGAGAGAUUUUCUGUCAGCGGAAGCUGCCUUGUAAAGGUUGAAGCUGGAUACGCUGUAGAGAGCAAUUUUGAAGCAGAAUCUGCGAGUGCUCCGGAAUAUUGUGCAGAAGAGUUGGCUCAGAUCCUGGAAUGAAUAGAAUUUUCAUUCAGAAGAUGGACGCUUGAGUGGCUGGAAGUAAGCUCGUUUGCUCUUGACGAUUCUUGAUCGUGAAAUGAUUGCUCGAGCGAGUCAAUUUUAUUGAGACAAAGGUUUCUGAACUGAAUUUUACUCUGUGCCAAAAGCAUUUCUACUACUGCAUCUUGAGAUAGUUAUUUAAUAUUCAAUUAUGUCUUUCAAGCAUCAGCAGCCAAUGAUCAACAAAGAAUUUGAUUCCUGUAAAUAGAAAAUUAUCUGAGCCUCAGAUAAAUUUUAAUGACUGCAAGUUACUUUGGUCAUUUUUAACUAAGUAUCUGGAUUGAUUUCAAUUAAAAAAAUAAAAGAUCAUAAAGUUUCUGUGAGAACAAUUCCAUAUAAGGAGAUGAUAUACUUUCAAGUAUCGAGGAAGUCUUGAGUAGUAUACGAAUAAGUAACUAAAUAAAAUUAUUAAAUCUCGAAGCUAAACUCAUGAACUGUUUUACAAACAAAAUAGUAAUAUAUAAUGUUAGAAAGAAUAUUGGAGUUCGGCUAAAGAUUGUUUAUCAAGAAAUGAAUGCACUGCUUAAUUUACCAGAAAUAAUAUAAAGCCGAAAACCAUAUUCUUCUGUGAGAUUUUUAAGAGUAUUAAUUAAAGAAUAAGGUUUUAUCGACUUGAAAAAGAGGAUGGCAUUUCGUAUAACUUUGGAGUGCGGCGACCAGUCUAGCUUGCGCACUAAAAAGACUCCAGAGGGUUACACUCAUGACUGGGAAGUCUUUGUCAAAGGUGUUGACAAUGCUGCCAUACAUCACUACAUUGAAAAAGUGGUGUUCAACCUUCAUGAAACUUUUCCAAGACCAAAGCGGGUCAUUAAGGAACCACCAUACACUCUUAAAGAAUCUGGAUAUGCUGGAUUUGACAUACCAAUCCAUAUCUAUUUAAAGAAUAAAAAUGAACCAAAAAAGUUGGAGAUUAUGUACAACUUGAUAUUGGAAACAACUGUUCCAACUGUAAAUCACGUUGUACAACAUAAUGAAAUAAUUGUCAAUCCCUCAGAUGAAUUUAGAAAAAAAUUACUAAAAGGGGGAGCUACUCCAAUAACAAAUAUUGAAACUGCAUCGGAAAAGAGUGAAGUCAAAACAUUACCAAUGGUGGGCAAACCCAAACUCAGUGGUAAUGAUGGAAAAAAGCAUCGGAUUUCAGAGCCAAAGAUCUCUACUCCUUUCAUGGACUUAUUCGGUGAUCCCAUAAAAGCUUCAAAACUGUCCGUUGAUAAUAAAAAAACGUCCGAGAAGUCGUCCAGCAACAAAUCUCUAACAGUCCCAGAAAAGUCAGAUAAAGUUGAAAAAUAUACAAAGAUUAAGCAUAGUCCUCACAAAGAUGGCAAAAAGGAAAAAUCGUCCGAGGAGAGGAAAGAAAAGCGAGACAAAGAAAAAGACGCUUCGAAAGAUAAGGAGAAAAUCAAAGAGAAAUCGAAAAGAUCUUCGAGUCCCAACAAUAACAAGCCGAGUCACUUAAGUUCGGAUAUCAAGAGAACGUCAUCACCAUCACCGAUGAAAAAACCAACGACACCUCCACCAAAGCGGCCAUCAUCGCCUUCUUUAAGGCCAAAGGAAAAAGAUUCCAAGAAGAUAGACCCAGAGAAAGAGAAGACAAAGGAAAGCUCAAAGAGCAACCCUGACGAAGUCAAAAGUGAAAAAAAUGAGAAGGAGAGCAAGAGCGAGCGAAAAAAGGACAAAAAGAAACACAAAGAGGACCGCGAAAAGGAAAAGAAAGAAAAACACAAGGACAAAGACCGAGAAAAAAGUAGAGAUAAGGAGAGCUCUAAGAGCUCUGAGAAGAAGACUGAAAAGUCUGAGAAAGUUGAUAAGGAAAAGUUGCAGGAACCUAAACCUGCAAAGGAAGAGAGAAAAUCGCCAAAACCUAUUAAAGAAAUCGAAAAAAUUAAGGAGGACAAGGUCACAAAGUCAGAGAAGACGGAGAAGAGCGAGAAAUCUGAGAAAAAGGAGUCGAAGAGUGACAAAUCCGAAAAGUCGGAGAAGUCCAAGCACAAACACAAAAAACGAGACAAGAAGGACAAGCGAGAUGGCAGUAAGGAGAGAGAAAAAAAGGAGAAACGCGAGAAAUCAAAAAGUUCCAGUGAAAAGCAGACUGAAAUCACAAAUCAAACUUCGACUACUACAGUGCCAACGACUCGUGUCCCGGAGGUACAUGAUAGAGACAGCAGCGACUCUGUCGCGUCAGGUGACGAGGAUUCCAUUAGCGAUACCAGGAAUAUUGUUUCCAAGAAAGAGCCGCUACCUCCAGCUUCUCAACCAGAGGUACUGCGGACGAUGUCUCCACCGCCACCACCGGUCAGCGAUGUGAAAAAGGACAAGAGUGAGAAAAAACGCGAUCGAUCGAAAAGCAGCAGGGAAGACAGGGAGGGCAAGAAGAAGAAGAGGAAAAGCGAAAGCAAAGGUCUCGGCGACGACGAGGCUGCUGUAAAGAAGAGCAAAGACCGCGACCACUCAAAUUCACCUCUGGUCGAGCCAGUAUCCUCGAGUCAAUCACCUAUCGCAACUAAUCUGGAUUCGGUGCACUCGAACAAGUUGAAGCGCGAGCCAGACGAACAAAUGGUGGUCGAACAGGCGGCCGGUGACAGCGAGCAGGUUGCACCUGACUCUACCAACAGUACUCUGGUUGACACGGAAGAACCACUGGUCUUCUCCGAAGAUUACGUAUCUCAACUAAAAGACCUCCAGCAGAAAAUCAUGACUCUGCAGGAUAAUAAGGAACUGCAGAGGGUCGUGCAGGUGAUCGCAGAGACGGGACAGUAUGAGAUUACUAAAAAGACCUUCGACUUUGACCUCUGCGCGCUCGACAGACGGACAGUGCAGCGACUGCAGCAGUUUUUUGCUUCGUGACCGUCUAUUGGUUAAAUUUUUUGGUAAUUAAAAGAAAGUGUAACGAGGUUCUCACGAUUACUUUAAAGGCUUUGCAAACAAAUUUAAUAGAAUUUAUACAGUACUUAAAGCAAUUAAUUUGAAUGUAGCAUGGAUUACAUUAUAACUCUUGUUCUAAUAUACGGUUGAUUCUAUUAAUUGAGUAAACCAUAAAAUAAUUAAUAUCUCAAGGAAUUCAAUCCGUACUAUCUUGUUGUUUAAUAAUGUGCUAAGGUGAACAGGCUACUGAUUUUUUGCAAAGCCAACGAGUACUCCGUAAGGCAUACAUUUGUACAUAAAUUUUAAUCGUAAUCAAGCCGCUUAAGUUUGUUAUGAUGGAGAUUCAAGAGUCGCUUUAAUCGUCUACACUGAUAAAAAAAAUUAUACGUAAUUUGUAUCUAAAUUAUAUGUGACUAUGUUGGUGCUUUUUACGCAUUUUUGUUACCAUUUGAUUAUUUUAUAUCAAGUGUCACUAUACUGCUUUGUUAUUUUAAACUUUUUAUUAAUAAUUGCAUAAUAUCAAUCUCUUACUUUUUAUAUUUUUUUUUUAACUGUAAAACUAGUUAAAUUAAAACUAUGAAAUACGAGCUAUUUUAGUACAAAAAUAUCAUCAACUAGUAUUAUGGUAAAAUCACAGAUUGUAAAUUGGAUGAAUUGAAGGAUCGCAUGUUCUAACGUUGUGCUUGUAGAUUUAUUGUUGUAUAAGAUAAACUGAAACAUGAGCUUAUGAAAUUGCUACCAAUAAUUUUUUUGUAACUUUCAUUCAUUGCAAAAGUCAGUUUAUUACUGUAUAUACCAAACAAUACUUGUAUAUAUUAUCACAUAUAAUUUAAUGAACUUUACAAAGUUGCGUAUAAUUUAAUCUAAACAAUAUUUUAAAUUUAAUAUGAGGAUCAGACAAUUCAAGUGUACGACGGUGAUAUCAAAAUUUCUCCUUACACAAUGUUUUUGACAACUAACAAAUGAGUUUAGCUUACAUCACACAAUUCAUGUGUAUAAAUAUUGUUUAUUCUUAAAAAAAAAUUAAAUUAAGUCGUUUAAGUAAUAAGUGAUUUAUUUAAAACAAAUAAAAGUUUGCUAAAUAUGUUCAGGUAUAUUAGCUAUUUGAAAAAAAAAGUUUUGGACAAUCGUAAAAAUGAACUAAUAUGAAAAAAUUCUUUUUUAUUUUAAUGCACUGAUCAAGACAAUUGUCUUUUUAAUUUAUAAUACAGGGUCGUUUAUUUUUCGAUAUUUUUUUUUGCUGCUGCAAAAAAGAAAAUGUCAUAUGUCAGUCUUCGUAACUAUAAUAAUUGCAUACGAAAGAAAAACAAUAAUAAUAGUCGUGUGCAUUUACAAAUUAAUAAAAUGACAAAAGCUGCCUUACGAUUUGAAAAUAUGCGACGAGUAUUAUAUGAAAAUUAAAUAUUAAAAAGGAAAAGAAUUUUUUUAUAAAGAUUAAUUAUGUACGCAUGACGCCGCCGGGCACUGAGCACAAGGGGGCCAGAGAAACUAAAAAAUUUUCAAAACGGCCAUGACGCAUAAAUUGUAAAUGUUAAACAAAUACAUUGGGAAGCGCUCCAUUCGUUUCUUGAUACGAUUAGCUAUUAUUUCACGUUGAACUCAACUAACGAGUAACUGAUAGAUUGAUAAUUUCAUUACUGAUGGCCAACAUGGCAGCGAUUGACAAUGACUUUUAAAGAAACGAAUUAUCAACGAAACCAUGGGUGGGAAAUGGUGCAGCUGGCGUAGGGAUAUUCCAUGUGAUGCAAUUGCACAAGGGAAACAUAUACUCUGUAUAUAUUAAUAACUGUGUCUUGGUGUUAUGAAAUAUACUUUAUAAGGAGUAGUUCAACGUAAAUUACUGGCAGGUGGUUAUGUGCGAUUGGCCCUAAACGUAACGUUAGUAGUGCAGUGCUUGGCAUUUUUAUUGACGAAAGAAAAUAUUUUUUUCGAUUUUCAAUAACUAUUCAAUAACCAAAUAAUCAAAACGUACAAUCUAAACGAAUUGUAUAUUCUUCUAUGAAAUUACUGUUAAAGCAAGCACUGGCCAAACUUUACGUUCAUUAGAUUGCCUAUUAAAUAACAAUGAAUUAUCGAAUACAAUUUAGGUCCAAUGGUCAAAAAAAAUGUUCAGACGCGCGUACAUCAUGAACUACAUCACUAAUUAAGUAAAUAUAAUAUAAAAUUUAAUUAGUCAAUUCAAAUCCACGCAUUGAUGCGUUGUACAGAGAUUUCUUAUGAAUCGAUAGAUUAUAUAAUUUAGGAAAAUUAAAUUACUCAAAUAUAAAUAUGCCGGAAAAAACUGUGUAUGAAAUAAGUUACAAAGGAUUUAAAAAAAAAGAAUUAAAUUAACGUACAUUAAGACGCACUAGUGUAUAAAGAAUCUUAUGUAAUUUAUAUACAUACAUUGGAUAUUUUCGCGGAUACUGACUGCAAUAUCACGAUCAAACAAUCUAUGAACAUUUUUUUUGUACAAAAUAAAUUUUAUCUUGUACUGAAUAUAAAUAUUUAUGUAAAUUACGUCGCAUCGCAAUUUUUAUAAUGCGGCACCGAGCAAAAUUAGAAUGUAUUACGAUAAAAUAAUGAAGAAAGAUGCUCAUGUGCCAAAUGAUACAAGAAAGCAUUAAACCUCCGUUGAAAAUCUUAAGAAUUCGAAGCUGAAAAAUAUGAUAUAAUUUUUUAUGGCAAUUAUUAUUACUAUCAUUAUACUAUCCAAUGUAUAUCAGUUUUUUGGUGUAAGAUGAAUUUAAAUUGUUAUAUUUUUAUCGAGCUUAAAAUUAUUACGCAAUAGAUUAAAUUUAUCUAAGCUUCGUUAAAAAAAUUUUUUGUUUUGCGAAAGUAAAAUACAACUAUAAAAUGUGUGUAUGAAGUUAAUUAUUACAAUAACUAUUUUUGAAUUUGGCAAAUAUAUUGUUUUUUUCUUAUGCAAAGCUUUAAUAAUAUUUCAGGAGUUUGAUUUCAAAAAGAAAAUUGUAAUUAACAGUCUUUCUUAAUUAGCAACUAUAAUAGCGCAAAAGUGUACGUGUCAAGAAUACAAUAUUCCUCGCUAACUUUUGCAUUUUUAUAACUGAUACAAAAGACUUUGUAAUUUCUCUUACCUAAAUUUAAUGACGUUCAAGCGAGACAAAAACCUUUGAUUUUAAGUUAUAAGCAAGCUAUGUAAUUAUAUCUGCAUGCAUACCUCCAAAAUUAAAGUGAACAAGGUUACCGAUAAGAGAAUUGUUUGACGUAAAUCAGCGUCGCAAAAAAUUACCAAGUUAGCUGUUGGUAUACUUUGAAAAUUGUGUACUAUUGUGAAUUCUAAAUUUAACGCUAAUGUCGACGCUUGCUGUAUGUGUAAUAUGUCAUCGAGUUUUAAGACUUUUAGCGGAGAUUCUUUAAACAGAAUUGAACUCUGUAAGUCGUUUCAGAGAAUAACGAUCUCCCAAAGAAUUGCUCAUCGUUGCGUCGGAAAGAAACGAAGAAAGUAUAAUUUUUUCUCUCUUCGUAUCUACUUCUUAUAUGAAAAAAGAUAAAUAUAUAUUUCUUCUGUACAUAUGCCGUAAAAAGUACACGUGCACGUGCGCAAAGGGAAAAGAGAAGUUAGCCAUCAAUUUUGUGAAACAUACCUAUACACGUGACAAAGAACUCUCCAGAAUAUUUUUAACAGAUUAAAUUUUACGAUAUUUUUUUCAUAGAAUAAUUUAAGUUUUCUUUCGGAUUUUUAGUAUCAUAAGACAAAUAGCUGUGCAAAACGAACAACAAAUGUGACGUUUUCAAAGACUCUUGACUCGUUGCGUGCGUGUACAAUUGUGUUCACUACGUAUUUAUAUAUAUUACAUAAGUAUACAUAAUGAAAACCAAAUGCAGCAUAUACUCUGGUAUGCAUGCGCAUUAUAUACAUUUAACGGCCGUCUCAUGUACGCACACACGCCCGCGCGUUACCCGCAUUCAAAUGCACAAAGUAAUCACAAUGCGUUUAUGUGUGUGUGUGUGUGUGUGUGUGUGUGUGUAUAAAAAUCGGUGGUCUGUACUUUUUGACUUACUAUAUAGAAUAUACGUGUUCGUUGUUAUAAUUAA